CGCCCCGCCCCGCCCGGGGAGGGGAGCAGAGGGGAGGGGGCGGCCCCCUGCGGUGGGGGCCGCGCCGCUGCCCCGCCCCGCCCCGCCGGACGGAGGGACGGAGGCCGCCGGCGGCUGCGCUGCCCCGAGCCGCGGGCUGCGAGAUUUUGACAAGGAAAGCUCAGUCAGAUUUAAACCUUUGCGAUUGCUUCAAAGGAAGAGAGCGCUAAGGGAAGAUGAUCUUUGGCCCUCUCACAGGACCAAGCUUUGGCAUAAACCUGAUGCUCUGAACAUGUAUUGAGACCACUAGCUGCCUCUAAGUAAUAGUUUUUCAGAAAGAGUUCUCAUUUGAAGAUAAAGAAGAACUUGCAAACAGCACAAAGGAUAUUGAUGCUAAUCUCUUAGCAGUACUUCCCAAAGUUUCAGAAUUAAGAAAACUCUUUGAACCAAACAACCAAGAUAUUUUGGAAAUGAAAAGGAAAGAGAGAAUAGCUAGACGCUUAGAGGGAAUUGAAAAUGAUACACAACCCAUGCUUCUACAAAACUGUCCAGGAUUAGUCACACACCGUUUACUAGAAGAAGAUACACCAAGAUACAUGCGUGCAACUGAUCCAUAUAGUCCCCACUUAGGAAGAUCAAAUGAAGAAGAGGAAACUUCAGAUUCUUCUGUAGAGAAACAACCCAGAUCAUCUAGAUAUCGAGCAGAAAUCACAGGAGGAAGUACCGAGCCCUUGUAUAGCACAGGAAACAUGGAUGCCCAGGGACUAGAGUCAAAAGCAGAAAGAAUUGCUAGGUACAAGGCAGAGAGGCGGCGCCAGCUGGCAGAGAAAUACGGAUUAUCUCUUGAUUCCGAUUUGGAUUUCGAUUACUCGUCCAGAUAUACAAGGGCAAGGAAAGAUCCCGACAGUGUGGAAAGAAAGGGAGUGAAAAGUGAAAGGCAAGAUGAUGAAAGCAAGGACUGUAGCUCCCUCUAUUCCUCCAGGACUGAGACAAAAGAGUCAAAGGGUGUGAUUUCUGAAUCAAAGGAGUACUCCAGCCAUGAAAAGGAUGGUGUUCCAGAUAAAGAAGAGCGCUCAAAGGAUGAGAGUGGUAAAAAAGCAGAGGAUGUUAGUGCCAUUAGACAGGCUCCUGACCCUUCAGCAGCCUUGGAUAGUUCCCUCUCUCUCUCACUUUCUGGACGAGAGUCUUCCUCCUAUAACGAAGUGCCAAUAUCACCAAAGCAAACCCCCAGAGAGUCCCAUUCUUCACCAAAGCAGGCAGCCUCACCAAUCCAUUUGCAGAAUGAUCAGCCCUUGCACAGUGACAUCAGACAAGGUAGUGCAGGGAAAGCAAAACCUGAGUGGUUCCUUCAGAAAGAUUCGGAAGGGGACACACCUUCACUUAUCAGCUGGCCCUCCAGAGUAAAAGUUAGAGAGAAACUGGUGAAAGAGGAAAGUGCUCGUGGAAGCCCUGAACUUGUCACAGACACACUAUCUCAGAGAAAAUCCCAUCCAGUGCCAGCUCACUACAUGCCUCUUCAGACAGAAGCAUCUACCUUUGAUAGGGUCGUAAAUCAGCCCAUCAGUUCAGUCCGCCAACCGAUACAUGGCUAUAUUCAGCCUGCUGGCGUUGCUCACACAGCUCAGCUGAUGGCAACAGAAGAACCAGAAAACAUCUCUGUUAGCAGCCUUCUCCUACCAGACAGUAUCAGCCUCCUAACAAAAUCAUCAGCUGCCACUGCAUCAGAGAAUGAAAAGGGAGAGGCACGAGAUUAUGGAGCAAAGCCUGAUGAAGAAAACUUCUUGGAGGGUGAACAGGCUUCCAAAGGCAGAAGACCAAUUUUGCCAUCCGAGAUUCGCAAGCAAGGGAAGAGCCAGGAAGGCCUCUUUGGAGGAGGAGACUUGGAUGCCCCUGUGGGGAGUUCCUCUUUCGCAAGCAAGCCAAAGGGUAACUCGGAAGGUCAGAGAGAGCUGGAGUGCCAGAAGAGGCAGGCGCCGGAGCAGCAGCUCAAGACCCCUGAGAACAUAGAAAGGAGUGAAGCAGUUAUGUACAUUCAGAGCGGGUCUGUAUCGCAGCCUGCCAAGGCAAAAGGUCCUACUCGGAAAGUGUCAACAGCAAAGCAUAAAGUCCUGACUCGCUCGAUGUCUGACUAUACUGUGGCUUCUAAGCUUGAGGCUUUUAAAAGUAAGGAGUUUGUUCCAAGAAAGGAGACAGAGUGUAAGAGUGCAGAAGCAAAUGCGCCAAAUGGUGAGAUUGGCAUGGUUGACACAAAAGUCUCUGUUGCCCAGCUCCGUAAUGUCUUCCUGGAAACUGCUAAUGCCAACAAGAAAAUGGAACUAGAAUCUCGGUUUGAGGUGUCAACGUCAGGUAGCGCUUUGUCUGCCAAUGCUGACCGUGAAAGAGGGCCACGAAGGCCGAGGCGCUAUUUUUCUCCUGGUGAAAAUAGAAAGACUUCUGAGAGAUUUAAAACUCAGCCUAUAACAUCAGCAGAACGAAAGGAGACAGAUAGGUCAAUUUUGAGUCCAGAAAUGCUAGCUGCUGAAGAUGAAGAAAAAAUGGAUGACCGAGCCAAGCUAAGCGUAGCUGCAAAGAGGCUACUUUUUAAAGAAAUGGAAAAAUCAUUCGAUGCAAAAAAUAUUCCUAAACCACCUACAAGGAAUUCAGCAGUAGAGAGAAGGCUGCGGCGUUUGCAGGACAGAUCGCACACACAACCAAUUACCAGUGAGGAGGUGGUCAUUGCAGCUACUGAACCUACCCCUGCUUCACGUUCUGUGAAUACCCACACAGUAGUGACAAGAGUACCUAGUCCCACUGUAGUUAAGAGCACUGUACAACCUAUCAGCUUGCAGGCAUCAGCACACCAAAAAAUUUUAGCUAAAGAGGAGAUAAGAGCAGCCAAAGAGGCAAUGGGUCAAGAUCAGUCUGAAGAACCAGAUUCUUCUACCUUAAGUUUGGCAGAAAAGAUGGCUUUGUUUAACAAACUGUCUCAACCAGUGUCCAGGGCCAUCUCCACAAGGAGUCGAGGAGACAUUAGGCACAGGAGAAUGAACGCUCGUUACCAGACUCAGCCAGUCACUCUUGGAGAAGUUGAGCAGAUGCGAUGGAACAAGAGUAAACUGGUGCAAAAUGAAAGCGGAAAACUUACUCCCCUGUCAGCUGCAGUUGUAACAUCAGUUUCGACAAUGGCCUCUGCUGUUUCUCCGCUGUACGCUGGAGACCUGCAUGCAAAGCCAGUGAGCGAUGGAGGCGUGAGCACUGCCCCAAAAGCUGAUCUGAGAUUCCACCCCCCAGCAGAAAACGCGGACUCUUCAGGGAAACGCACGCUGAAGUCAGAACAGUGGCAGCCCUCAAUGGAAGCGCUAGAAAGCAAAAGAGCGUCAAAGAAGCAUGAAGAAGAGAGAAAGAGGUUUCUAGCACAUGAAGCUAAUGAAAUUACAAAGUACAGCUCCUUUGAGGAAGAAACCACACAUCCUGUUCCUGAAAAAGCAGGGGACUACCAUAAAGAGACAACAUACAGCUUCCUGAGGAAGGGCAGUAUGGAACUGUUUAGUCCACAAGCACUUUUUCAGUCUCUUGAACAGAAGGAAUUUGAUACUAGUGUGCAGGACCAUGUUGAGUCUACUUCUGAGCUCACCAGCACAUCAGCAUUGAGGAUGGUUUCACAAACAGCAGCUGUGGCAUCCUGUAGACUGCAGGAGCUCUCUGAACAAUUAGAAGGAAAAUUUUAUAGGAAUCCCUGUGAGAUGUCUUCUGUUGGAGAGAACAAAGCGCAAACAGCUGAGGACGUCCUUGAUAAUUCCAGCAAAACAAUGUCAAUUAAGGAAAGGUUGGCACUGUUGAAGAAGAGUGGCGAAGAAGACUGGAAGAGCAGGCUCAGCAAAAAGCAGGAGUAUGCAAAAGUGUCUGUCUCAGAUCGUAGUGCGCAGAUGCAAGAAGUUGAGCAGCUGUUGAAGAAGAAGCAGAGAAUGGCAGAUAACCAGGAGAGUCAAAUGACCAUUGAAGAAAGAAAGCAUCUGAUUACAGCUCGAGAAGAAGCCUGGAAAUCCAAGGGUAAAGGAGCAGCCAAUGACUCCACGCAGUUCACUGUAGCUGGUCGCAUGGUAAAAAAAGGUCUGGCUUCUCCAAGUGCCCUAACUCCAGUAGCAUCCCCUUUCUGCAACAGGCAGAAGACUACCACCCCAGUUACAAAGCCCUUAGAAGAAAUUGAAGCCAGGCCUGAUAUGCAAUUGGAAUCAGAUAUGAAGCUUGACAAGCUGGAGUCGUUUUUGGGAAGGCUGAAUAACAAAGUGGCUGGGAUGCAAGAGACAGUGCUAACAGUUACGGGAAAAUCUGUGAAAGAGGUGAUGAAGCUGGAUGAUGAUGAAACAUUUUCCAAAUUUUACCGCCAUGUGGAUUUCCCUUCCUCCUCAGUGCCUUUGGAGCUUGAUGAGGACUUUGAUGCCAUCUUUGAUCCUUACGCACCAAAGUUAAUAUCUUCUGUAGCAGAGCACAAACGUGCAGUUAGGCCUGUGCGCAGAGUUCAGUCCUCAAGAAACCCUCUUAAAAUGCUGGCAGCAAGGGAUGAUAUUCUUCACGAAUAUACUGAACAAAGACUGAAUGUCGCCUUCAUGGAGUCAAAGAGAAUGAAAGUAGAAAAAAUGUCUGCAAACUCAAAUUUCUCAGAAGUAGCACUUGCUGGAUUGGCAAGCAAAGAGAACUUCAGCAGCGUUAGUCUGCGGAGUGUUAACCUAACAGAGCAGAACUCUAACAACAGUGCUGUGCCAUACAAGAAGCUAAUGCUGCUGCAAAUUAAAGGAAGAAGACAUGUUCAAACAAGAUUAGUUGAACCAAGGGCCUCCUCACUGAACAGUGGAGACUGUUUCCUGCUGUUAACUCCACAUUAUUGUUUCUUGUGGGUAGGAGAGUUUGCAAAUGUCAUAGAAAAAGCAAAGGCUUCAGAACUUGCAACUUUAAUUCAGACAAAGAGGGAACUUGGCUGUAGAGCUUCUUAUAUACAGACAAUAGAAGAAGGAAUUAAUACCCAUACCCAUGCAGCCAAAGACUUCUGGAAACUCCUUGGUGGCCAGACAAAUUACCAGUCUGCUGGAAGUCCUGAAGAAGAUGAAAUGUAUGAAGCUGCAAUAAUAGAAACAAAUUGCAUUUACCGCCUCGUAGAGGAUAAACUCAUUCCUGAGGAUGACUACUGGGGGAAGAUGCCAAAAUGUACCCUGCUACAACCAAAAGAGGUGCUGGUGUUUGAUUUUGGUAGUGAGGUAUAUGUAUGGCAUGGAAAGGAAGUUACUUUAGCACAAAGAAAAGUGGCAUUUCAGUUGGCAAAACACUUGUGGAAUGGCACCUUUGACUACUCCAAUUGUGACAUAAAUCCUCUGGACCCGGGAGAAUGCAAUCCCAUCAUACCCAGAAAGGGACAAGGACGUCCGGACUGGGCUGUCUUUGGCAGACUCACAGAACAUAAUGAGACCAUUUUGUUCAAAGAAAAAUUUCUUGAUUGGACAGAGCUAAAAAAGCUCAAUGAGAAGAAUUCUAGUGAAUCCCUUCACCAGAAGGAAGAAUCCAGAUCUGACUCUAAACCGUAUGACGUCAUGCUAAUGGUAGCUGUGCCCCAAACUACUGUAGGCACAGUCUUGGACGGAAUGAACAUUGGCCGGGGCUAUGGACUUGUAGAAGGAGAAGAUGGGAGGCAGUUUGAAAUUAUCACUGCAUCUGUAGACGUCUGGCAUAUCCUGGAAUUUGAUUAUAGUAGACUGCCUAAACAAAGCAUAGGGCAGUUCCAUGAGGGAGACACAUAUGUGGUUAAGUGGAAGUACAUGGUUAGCACUACAGUUGGAAGCAGGCAAAAAGGAGAGCAGCAAGUAAGGGCUGUUGGAAAAGAAAAGUGUGUGUACUUCUUUUGGCAAGGGAGACACUCCACAGUGAGUGAAAAAGGGACGUCGGCACUGAUGACAGUGGAACUUGAUGAAGAGAGAGGAGCACAGGUGCAAGUGCUUCAAGGGAAAGAACCACCAUGUUUCCUGCAGUGCUUCCAAGGAGGGAUGAUUGUGCAUGCUGGAAGAAGGGAAGAGGAGGAAGAAAAUGCACAAAGUGAUUGGAGGCUAUAUUGCGUGCGAGGAGAAGUUCCCAGUGAAGGAAACUUACUUGAAGUAGCAUGUCACUGCAGCAGCCUGCGUUCCCGGACAUCCAUGAUUGUCCUCAAUAUAAAUAAAGCUCUUAUCUACCUGUGGCAUGGCUGCAAAGCACAAUCUCACACCAAGAAUGUAGGAAGAACAGCAGCCAAUAAAAUAAAAGAACAAUGUCCCCUGGAGGCAGGGCUGCACAGCAGCAGCAAGGUGACAAUACAUGAAUGUGAUGAAGGAUCAGAGCCCUUGGGAUUCUGGGACGCGCUAGGAAGGAGAGAUCGAAAGGCUUAUGAUUGCAUGUUGCAAGAUCCUGGAAAGUUUAAUUUCACCCCCCGCCUAUUCAGCCUCAGUAGUUCAUCAGGAGAAUUCUCAGCCACUGAAUACAUAUACCCUUCAAGAGAUCCCACCGUGGUCAAUUCCAUGCCAUUCUUGCAAGAAGAUCUUUACACUGCCCCACAGCCAGCACUCUUCCUUGUUGACAAUCACCAUGAAGUGUACCUAUGGCAAGGCUGGUGGCCUGUGGAAAACAAAAUAGCUGGAUCAGCUCGAAUCAGAUGGGCUACAGACAGGAAAUGUGCCAUGGAGACUGUGCUCCAGUAUUGCAAAGGAAAAAAUGUAAGGAAGCCGCCAAAAUCGUAUUUAAUACAUGCUGGUCUCGAGCCCUUGACCUUCACUAACAUGUUUCCAAGCUGGGAACACAGGGAAGACAUUGCAGAGAUCACAGAAAUGGAUGCUGAUGUUUCUAAUCAGAUAAUCCUUGUAGAGGAUGUGCUCGCCAAGCUGUGUAAAACUAUGUAUCCACUAGCAGAUCUCUUAGCUAGGCCUUUACCUGAAGGCGUUGACCCACUGAAGCUUGAAAUUUAUCUUUCAGAUGAAGACUUUGAGGUUGCAUUAGACAUGACAAGAGAAGAGUACAAUGCACUGCCAUCUUGGAAGCAGGUUAAUUUGAAGAAGGCAAAAGGACUUUUCUAAGUUGUCGUGUUUAUUGGAGUGAGCACUAAAGGGAUGUCCGUUUUCACUUUCUAUGCCCUUUAGCAGAAUUUUACCCCACACUUACAAAACAAAUAGAAAUAAUCUGAAGUUAUUAGUAACUACCUAUCCGGAGGUGUGUAAUAUUAUAAAAGUCCAAGGGAACUCUUUGGAAACUGAAUUUGAUUUUGAUUGUAAGGGUAAUGUGUGUAAGCUCUGCUCUCCUAUGCACUUAAACAGUAGUUUCUUGAGCUACUGCUGUAGCUGUCCUUUGGCUAUAUACAAUACUUGCCAUUUUUGUUUUUGAAGAAGUUCUCUUUGUAAAGUGUUAUUUUGUUAGUUUGUGGAUUACAAAGAAUUUAUAUUUAUAUAAACACAUAGAACAAGUAUGUAUUUAACAAUGCAAUAUAUAUUCACUUUCAAGACUUUCAUGUCAAAACUACAGAUAAGUAGCUGGAUGGCAGUUGCUUGUACUGAAUUAGCUAUACCACCAACAUAUAUCUCUUAUGCAUUCUGAAGAGUUUCUCUUUGCAAUAGGUAAGAAUUGUUCUCAGUGCUGCUUCAGGUGCUAAACUGAACAAAGCAUUUGUAUUUAUAGCAUGGGUUUCUUGAGAAACUGUGCGAAUCAACCUUUAUACUUUAAUACCCAAAAAUGUAUAGUGCCUUGUUUUUUUGUGUACAGUUUAUAUACAAAAAAGAUUGGUCUGCAUUUUGAAGAUGGCUUAGAAAGGUCUCCUAUGUUACUUUUAUAAUAGUAGAAAUAAAAACAUCUCAGUUUCUAAUACUUGUUGUAAACAUUAAACAUGUCUUUUGUGAUAUAAGAACUUAAAGUAAAAGCUUCUGAAUAAACUCUUAGGAAUGC